CCUCAUGAAUCAUUUUUCAACAUUCUUCUCUCUCUCUCUCUCUCUGUCUAUUUAUCUAUACCUGCAAAACGCAGAGAGGGCGGCUUCCUUGUCUUCACAUCUCAACAAAAUGAGCAGAGCUGUAACUCCGUCGUCUUCAUCUAUUGAAAGCAGUAAUUACCACCUUCCUCUCUCAUCUGCUUCUUCUUCUUCAAAUUUCAAAACAGAUCUUAGCACUGAUCUCAGUCUCGGACUCACCGUUUCAUCAACUACUCAACACCACACUCCUUCUCAGCUUACAAGUUUGCAGGGAUCUGGCAAUUGGCCACCCAUCAAGUCGGUUUUAAAGCAAACGGUAGAAGAAGAAGAAGAAGAAGAAAGCGAAUGUAAUAGUUCUGCAACUUUCUUUGUAAAGGUUUACAUGGAGGGCAUUCCUAUUGGUCGAAAAUUAGAUCUUUUGGCUCACGAUGGCUACCGUGAUUUGAUAAGGAGUCUCGAUCAUAUGUUUAACGCUGCCAUUUUCUGGGCUGAAGAGGAGGAAUUGAUGCAUUGUGAGAAAAGUCAUGUGUUGACAUAUGAGGACAAGGAAGGCGAUUGGAUGAUGGUUGGGGAUGUUCCUUGGGAGAUGUUCUUAUCGACUGUAAGAAGGUUGAAGAUCACAAGAGCUUACCACUUUCAACAAUGAUGGUUUUGAUGUGUUCGAUUUAUGAUAUGGUUUUGUGGUUUGGAAGAGACAUAGAAUUGAAAAUUUUGACAGUUUUACGGAUGGAUCAUGUACAUUUAUUUACAUACACAAUUAGUGUAAAUCAGUAGCAGCACCAGCUAUAUCAUUAUUAUUA